UUCACUCUUUCUUUCUUUCUUUCUCUUCAUAUCUCUCUCCUUUGUCUCCAUGGAUCUUCUUUUUUAUUUCUAUAUUCUCCCUAUUUUGUAUCUCGUUUUCAAGUUAUGGAAGUGGUUUGAUGAGAAAAAUGACCAAGAAUGUUACGUAAUAGAUUAUCAGUGCUAUAAGCCAACUGAUGACAGAAUGGUUGACACUGAAUUUAGCGGAGAGGUGAUGAAGAGGAACAAACAACUUGGUCUCAAUGAGUACAAGUUCCUCUUGAAAGCCAUUGUAAGUUCAGGAAUUGGCGAGCAAACUUACGCUCCAAGUAUCAUGUUCUCCGGCCGAGAAUUUACUCCUACAUUGCAAGAUGGGCUGUCGGAGAUGGACGAAUUUUUCCAUGACAGCAUUGAAAAACUUUUGGCCAGGUCAGGCAUUUCUCCUCAAGAAAUUGAUGUUCUUGUUGUUAAUAUUUCCAUGCUAGCCGCAGUUCCUUCUUUAUCUUCUAGAAUCAUCAAUCUCUACAAGCUGAGGGAGGAUGUUAAGGUUUUUAAUCUUACUGGUAUGGGAUGUAGUGCAAGUUUAAUAUCAGUUGAUAUUGUGCGUAACAUUUUUAGAACUUACAAAAAUGUGUAUGCACUAAUUGUGACCUCGGAAUCCUUGAGUCCAAAUUGGUAUUCAGGAAAUAACAGGUCAAUGAUUCUUGCAAAUAUUUUGUUCCGGAGUGGUGGUUGUGCUAUCCUUUUGUCUAACAACAGGACCUUAAAGCAUCGAGCCUUGCUCAAACUAAAGUGUCUAGUCAGGACACACCAUGGUUCCAGAGAUGAAUCUUAUGAAUGUUGCAUACAAAGAGAAGACGAAGACGGAAAAAUAGGGUUUCACCUCGGCAAGAACCUCCCAAAGGCUGCUACUCGUUGUUUUGUUGACAAUCUUAGGGUAAUUUCCCCCAAGAUCUUGCCACUAAGGGAACUACUUCGAUUUGUUGUAGUUUCAUUUGUUCGAAAAAUGAGUAACAAGUCUCCAAAAGGAGAUCAACCCAAAAAAUCAUUAAUAAACUUCAGGACGGGUGUUGAUCAUUUCUGCAUCCACACUGGUGGCAAAGCAGUAAUAGAUGGGAUUGGUUUCAGUCUUGAUCUAACCGAGUACGAACUAGAGCCAGCUAGAAUGACUCUUCAUAGAUUUGGGAACACAUCUGCAAGCAGUCUUUGGUAUGUUUUGGCUUACAUGGAAGCCAAGAAGAGACUGAAGAAAGGAGACAGGGUUUUGAUGAUAAGUUUUGGUGCCGGCUUUAAAUGCAACAGCUGUUUGUGGGAGGUGAUGAGAGACCUGGAAGGAAAUGCUGGUAAUGUUUGGAGAGACUGCAUUGAUAGCUACCCACCAGAGUCUUUGGCUAACCCUUAUAUGGAGAAAUAUGGUUGGAUUCAAAAUGAAGAUAUUAGCACCUUCAAAAUUCCUGAUGAGGAGUAAGAAGAAGAUUUACACACCCAAAAACCUUCAUGGAUGCUUAUACUUUUUUUAAUUCACCAAAACUUCUAUUUCUUGCAUUUCAUUAUUUUAUCUGUAUACUAUUAAGGUCGUUAUUAUUGUUAAAAUCCCUUUGUGGAUUUCAUCUGCCAAUAAGAUGUGCAGCUUCCAAAUUCCGAACACUGAUAGAUAUUGAUCCGAAGUUUGCUACAUCCUAUUGGACUUGAGAGUUAUUUUCUUUUUCUUGUUCAAUUUUCUUUACAGGUAUUGACAAUUAAUGCACGUUACAGCUUUGUUUAAUUGUUUUUACGAAUAGAAAAAGAAAACAGGUGUAAU